GCCUAAUGUUUUGGGUAAUCUUUCAACCCAGCUUACCACUUUUGCAAUUGACGAAAAUCUUCUUUUUGGAGAGAUACCUAUAGGGAUGGGUAAUUUGGUCAACUUGACAACCUUACGGAUGAGUGGUAACAAGUUUUCAGGGACAAUCCCAGAUGAUAUUACUGGUCUUAAAAAGUUGCAGCGUUUAUGGUUAAAUAACAAUAGGCUCUCAGGAAUAUUACCAAUUACCCUCGGAAACCUAACAUUGUUAAAUGAACUGUACUUAUAUAAUAACAAAUUGCAAGGAACUAUCCCAUCAAGUAUAGAAAAUUGCCAAAAUUUGUUGUUGUUAGAUCUUUCACAAAACAAUCUCACUGGCAUCAUUCCAAAGCAACUCUUUGCGGUUUCCAUGCUGUCAAUUGGACUUGGUUUAGCUCAAAACUUUUUCUUAGGAUCACUACCUUCUGAGGUCGGCAAUCUUGUCCAUUUAUAUGAGCUGGACUUAUCUAAAAACAAGUUGUCUGGUAAAAUUCCAAGCAGCCUAGCCUCUUGCACAAGCCUUGAGUACCUUUACCUGGAGGGUAAUUUAUUUCAAGGAGAAAUUCCAACAUCCCUGAGUUCUUCGAGGGGUAUUCAAGUCAUGGAUCUUUCUCGGAACAACUUCUCUAGUCAAAUUCCAAAUUUCUUGGAGAAACUCUCCCUCAAGAAUUUGAAUUUAUCCUUCAAUGAUUUUCAGGGAGAGGUUCCAACAAAAGGGGUUUUCGCAAAUGCUAGCGCAAUAUCACUCAUUGGAAAUAGUAGAUUGUGUGGGGGCAUAUCGGAACUAAACUUGCCGAGGUGCUUAGUAAAAGAAGAGAAGAAAAUAAAGUGGCCUUUUUCAGUCAAAGUGGUAAUCUCAAUGGCAUGUGUGAUUUUGGUAAUAACCAUAGUGUCAUUUUUCUUAUUUUAUUGGCGCAAAAAUAAAAGAAAUGAUAAUUCUUCAAAAUCUUCCUUGAAGCAAUCAUUUUUGAGAGUGUCUUACCAAAUGCUCCUUAAAGCAACUGAUGGAUUUUCAUUAGCAAAUUUGAUUGGUGUUGGUAGUUUUGGCUCAGUGUAUAAAGGCAUCCUUGGUGACGAUAGAUCAAUUGUUGCAAUUAAGGUACUAAAUAUUCAACGUCAAGGAGCUUCCAGGAGUUUCGUCUCCGAGUGUGAAGCCUUGAAAAAUAUUCGUCACCGAAAUCUUGUGAAGAUCAUAACUUGUUGCUCAAGUAUGGAUUUUCAUGGCAAUGAUUUUAGGGCUCUAGUUUACGAGUUCAUGCCAAAUGGAAGUCUAGAAAAUUGGUUGCAUAUGGAUCUAGAAACAAAUAUCAUGCAGGUAGAGAUACGAAAUCUGAACAUUCUUCAAAGAACAAACAUUGCCAUUGAUGUCGCUUGUGCACUUGAUUACCUACACCACCAUUGCCCAAUGCUAGUUGUUCAUUGUGAUAAAAAGCCAAGAAACAUUCUUUUCGAUUGUGAUAUGAUUGCUCAUGUUGGAGAUUUUGGGCUUGCGAAGUUUCUUUUAAGACUUACCGAUUUGAAAGAAAGUAGUUCGAUUGGAAUAAGAGGAACAAUUGGGUACACCCCUCCAGAGUACGGUUUAGGAAGUGAGGUGUCAACCAAAGGAGAUGUGUACAGCUAUGGAAUUUUAUUGUUGGAGAUGAUAACAGGAAAGAGACCCACAGAUAGUGUGUUUGAGGGAGGCCUUAACCUUCACAACUAUGCUAGCAUGGCCGUACCAGACGGUGUAAUGGAAGUUGUGGAUCCAAAACUUUUAAAUAAUGUUGAUGAAGUUCUUGGAAGUCACAAUGGUUGCCUUGCAAAUAAAAUAAAGGAGUGUUUGAUAUCCAUGGUCAAGGUCGGAGUGGCAUGCUCUAUGGAGUUGGCACAAGAACGAUGGGACAUUAGCAAGGCCAUCUCUGAGUUGCAUUUGGUUAGGGACAUUAUUCUUGGUGCUAGGAUUUAGCACAUCAUGCUUGGCUAUAUGGAAGGUAAAAAUCAAAUUUAGCUUCUCACCAUCUUAAUGUUGGUAUUAAGUUGUUUACUUAUUUUGAUCUUUUCUCUUAAUGUUGUUUACUA